UAACACCUCCAUAAUCUUUUUCCCUCCCAACCACUAAUAAUCACAAAAACUUUUCAACAUCUACAAUUACAAAUAACACAACUUUUAUUCUCUCCCCUCUUGAAUUUCUCCUCAAGAAAUGGAACCUCAAAAUCCUCCUCCUCACGUAGUGAUCAUCCCAACACCGGGGAUGGGACACCUUAUCCCCCUUGUAGAAUUUGCUAAGAGAAUCCUACAACUUACUCCUUUAUUACAAUUCUCCUUUAUUGUCCCUACCGAAGGGCCGCCAACGCGGGCCCAAAAGGCCGUGUUGGCGGCCCUUCCCGAGGACCGGGCCUCCUCCUCUUUCCUUCCUCCUGUUAACCUCGACGACUUGCCCGAUGACGCCAAGAUUGAGACUAGGAUUAGUCUCACUUUUGUCCGGUCCCUUCCGGCCAUCCGGACCCAUUUAAGGGACCUUCAAGAAUCGCAACACAAACUUGUCUCCCUAGUUGUUGACCUCUUUGGAACCGACGCCUUUGACGUUGCUCGCGAGUUUGGGAUGAAGCCGUAUCUUUUUUACCCUUCUACGGGUAUGUGUUUGUCGUUCUUCUUUCAUUUACCGUUACUUGAUGCUCAAGUUACCUGUGAGUAUAGGGACAUGCAAGAACCGCUUGAAUUACCUGGUUGUACUCCGGUUUAUGGAAAAGACCUUUUAGCCCCGGUCCAGGAUAGAAAAGAUGAUGCUUAUAAAUGGACUCUUCAUCAUGUCAACAGGUAUAAACUAGCCGAUGGUAUUUUCGUAAAUUCUUUUAACGAAUUAGAGGAAGGGGCUUUAAAAUACUUGCAAAGUCCUGAACCGGGGAGGCCCCCGGUUUACCCUGUUGGACCGCUGGUUCAAACCGGUUCAAGUGAUGAUAAAGUUGAUGAGUGUGAAUCUGUGAAGUGGUUGGAUGAGCAGCCACGUGGCUCAGUUUUAUUCGUUUCUUUUGGGAGUGGUGGGACCCUUUCAUUGAACCAGAUAACUGAGCUAGCUCAUGGUUUGGAGAUGAGUGAGCAAAGGUUUUUAUGGGUUGUACGGAGUCCGAACGACGAAACUCUUAAUGCUACGUACUUUAGCGUCGAAGGGGAUAAAAAAAACCCACUAGACUUUUUACCUGAAGGGUUUUUGGAAAGGACUAAAGAGAGGGGUCUAGUAAUCCCAACGUGGGCCCCACAAAUCAAAGUCCUGAGCCACGCGGCAACCGGCGGAUUUUUAACCCAUUGUGGAUGGAACUCGAUUCUAGAAAGUGUAGUUCAUGGGGUGCCUUUAAUUACGUGGCCACUUUAUGCCGAGCAGAAGAUGAACGCGGUAAUGCUAAACGAGGGUAUGAAGAUCGCACUAAGGCCUAAAGCUGACGAGAAAGGACUAAUUGGUCGAGGGGAGAUUGGAAUGGUGGUUAAAGGUCUAAUGGAAGGCCAAGAAGGGAAGACAAUCCGAAAUCGGAUGAAUGAGUUGAAGGAAGCAGCAAAUAGAGUGGUUGGGGAAAAUGGUUCAUCCACAAAGGCACUUUCUGAAGUGGUUCAAAAGUGGAAAUCUCACUAAAUAAAAGUCAUCAUGUUGCAUAAAGAAAACAAGUAAAAAGAUUCAUCCAUUACUUUAGUAGUGCGUGUGAAUGUACAAACUUUUUUCUACUUUAUUGUUUAUCUCUUUAAUAUCUAAUAUUAAUACCUAAUAAUAUUAGAGGUUGCAGCCCUGUAAAAUAAUCUCGGUGAAAGAUUCUCCAAUGGUUAUAUCUAAUAUUAAUACUCCAUACUUAAUAAUAUUAGAGGUUGCGACAUGUAAAAUAGUUCUGGUGGAAGAUUCUCCUCUGGUUAUCGUAGUUUUUGAGUCAUAUUCUUAGUGUGUAAGUGGACGAGAUUGUACAAAGUAUUUAAUUACAUUGUAUAUUGUAAUAAGUUUGAUUUGUUUGGGGAUUAAUCAUUAUAAAUUGGAAUUGUUUUGUUGUGAA